GUUUCACAAGAAGAGAUAAUAUCAAGUAUCAACACAGUAACAGUUAAGCAGUAAACGACGUCGUCGAGCUCCUUGAUGUUCAUUGAUUCUGCAAAUGCAAUUUGUUGAGCACGAAUGAAUGAUCAAUGUCUUCUCAAGAACAAGCACUAAUCUCUCUUCUCUCUCAGUUAGCCCUAUCCUUCGACGGCGCCGUUUUCGGUUUAGGCGUAGCCUACGUCGCCUUUCGUUCCAUCCGCAAAUUCACCGUCACCUCCGCCGCUCUCCAAAAAAUCAGCCACGCUCCUUCCAUUUCCGUCUCCGACCUACGCUCGCUCCUAACCGAAACUGAUUCAGACGCUGAUGGAUACUCCGAUGAUGGAAAAAUCGUAAUUGUCCGUGGUACUGUUGAUGCUAACUCUGCUGUUUAUGGCAGUUGGACAAACUUGUGGCCUGGUGUAUUGGUUUCUCGUGAGUCUGGUGAUAAAGGUGUUGUUCUUCAAAGAACUCAAACGUGUAUAUACAAUGAAUGGAAGGGCUUAUUUGGAUGGACUUCUGAUGUUCGAGCCAUACUUACAAGAUCUUGGAGACAACAAGAGUCCACAUCCUUAAGAAAGGUCCCUUUUGUUCUCAUUGAUGUUGGACGGCAGUCAAAUACUGAAUAUGUUGUUGUCAGCAUGGAUGGUUCAACACAUCCUUUACCUCUUACAACAAUUUAUCAUAAAUUGGAACCCAUAAAUUCUCCUCCUUAUACAUUCUUGCAAGCUCUUUUUGGGCACGAAUAUCCAAUUGGACUGCUUGAUGAAGAGAAAAUUCUUCCCUUGGGGAAGGAUAUCAAUGCUGUAGGCCUUUGCAGUUUAAGAAAUGGAAUUGCUGAAAUCAAGUCUUGCAAUGAUCUUCCAUAUUUUCUGUCUGACUUGAGUAAAGAUCAGAUGAUUGUAGAUCUUUCCUUUAAAGCAAAAUUACUGUUUUGGAGUGGCAUUGUUCUUGGUACAAUGUCAGUUGGGAUCAUCGGCUAUGCAAUUGUCAGGAACUGGAAUAAAUGGAAACAAUGGAAGCAGCAUAGGGAGAUCCAGCAACAAAGGCAAACAAUCAUUGAAGCUGAUUCUGAUGAUGACGUUGGAGAUGUUCCAGAUGGACAAUUGUGCGUUAUAUGUUUGAUGAGGAGAAGGCGUUCUGUUUUUAUUCCAUGUGGGCAUCUUGUAUGUUGCCAAGGGUGUGCUAUGUCAGUUGAAAGUGAAGUGGCACCCAAGUGUCCAGUUUGUCGUCAGGAGAUUCGGGAUUCUGUGCGAAUUUUCGAAUCUUGAGUAGACAGAGGCUGGUCCGUUCACUGUGACAAGGGGCUUCCUUGCUGUUGAUGACGACUGAUGCAUUUUAUUUGUAUAUAUAUUAGGGAAAACCGGUCUGGCUCAUGUUUUAUGUGAACACGUGAAUUUAGCUAGUUUAGAUAUUUGAAUAUAUGACUUGAAUGUGGCAGUCGAGUUUAUUAAGUCAUAGCCGGCUUCUCACUGUUUGAAGGAGUUUAAGCUCCUGUAAUGAGUAGUAUACUUUAGGGAGAAAAGUCGAAUAUUUCUACUGUUUGUAGUAAAAUCAAUGAAGUAUAAUUUAGUAAAUUCAUGAUUUGUUAGAAAUGUGGAUGUAAUUUCAGUAGUGGGUUCUCAUUAAUACUUGAAGUUCUUUAAUUUUCUUUUA